AUGGCCGCGCAGGUCACCAACGGGUACCCACAGAACUCACGUUAUUUAACCUCCGCUGGCUUGCCCUCCGGCCUUCUCCCAUCGCGCCCGCUCCAAGACAGCCCUGAAGCCUCCAAGUGGAUGGGCUCGGAGGACGAACCACCUACGCCGCCGCCCAAGGGUCCUCUCGCUUUCGGCUUCCCCCACAAGCCGUCCUUUGCGUCCUUCUCCACCCAGCGCCCUUCCUCCAGCCAGCGCACAAAUGAAUCUUUCGACGAGGAUGUGAGCAGCGCUGGUGGUAGCUAUUAUUCCCCAGAGCCCCGCCAGAACCUGCGCAAGCCAAAGUCUGGCCUCUUCGCAAAGGUGAAGCGGUCUCUGAGCAAGCCCCGCCUAGAUAUCGAAUACAGAGAGGAGCCGGUCACAAAGUCCAUGCCCCCACUCCCCUCUUUCAUGGACCAGGACUCGUCCUUCCUCUCUCUCGACCCGUCCCCUUCGCGCAACACGCUCAAGAAAGACAAGUCCCGCGAGAAGAAAAAGACAAAGCCCCUACCCGCUACCCGCUCUGCACCCCCGAUAGAGCCCGAGAUCAUGCUCGACACCAACCUCGAUCAGAUGGACGGCAUCAUCCACCCCUCCGCCCUCGUCAGGCCCAGCGCGAGCCCGCCCGCGACCGGCUCAGAGGGCAGCAUCUCUGCUUCUCUCGUCUCGCGCGGAUCAAAUCAUAGCAUACAGCCACAGACCACCUCUCCCCCGGUGCCUCUGUUCAGAGACCCCUUUCUCUCUUCGAAUUCACCCGCACGGAAGACAUACCAGAACGACCAGCGCAAGAUUUCGCCGAGGACGGUGCCUCCCGUCGUUGCCCCCGCUGCCCCCGCCGUAGUGCCCCAUCAACUCGUCUCCCCGAACAACGCAAACAAUGAUGAACAGAGUAUGUGGGAUCCUCCUGAGAGUUGGGCUGUCGAUAAGGAGGGAGGCCCUCUGCGCGAGCCGGACUACUCGAGUUCCGAAGAGAGCACGGCAGUAGCAAAGCCCGCGAGUGAUAUUUCCACGUCAGGUGGCCGCGAUGCGAAGCGUAAGAGCCGUCGGCGUACAACGACGACGAGGCCCCUCAAGGAGCAGCAGACCGAUAGCAAGACCUACAAGCUCCGCGUCUACCGGGCGAAUAAUAAUUUCCACGUCGUGUCCAUCGGCCCUGCGGUGUCAGUCUCCGAAUUAAUGCCAUAUUUGAACGUGACGCUGCUUUUUGAGGCAGAGCGUGAGGUGCACCGGUUGUACAUUAAGGAACGGGGUCGAGAGCGUUUGCUGGCACACAACGAACGACCCGCAGAUAUCGCCCGACGGCGUUUGGAACAGGCAGGUUACGACGAUACUGACAGACUAGAGCUGCUCCUCGGCGAGGAUCUCAGUUUCCUUCUGAAGUUCGUGUACAAGAGCAAUGUCUUGGGUCCUGCGGAAGAAGACCUUAUCUUCACUGAUUAUCGGUACGUGGACCUGACGAACAAGAGCUUGCGGACGAUCCCCAUCGUUCUCUAUGGGCACGCCGAAGAUAUCCUGUCCCUCAACCUGUCCCGAAAUCCCAUGCUUGAGAUCCCUCUCGACUUCGUGCAAUCGUGCGUCUCGCUGCGCGAGCUCCGCCUGUCCAACAUGUCCAUCAAAAAGGUUCCCCAGAGCGUGCGACAUUGCACGUCUCUAUACGGCCUUGACCUCUCGUGCAACCGGAUCGGCGACCUCGACGACGUUGGGUUAGACCGCAUCCCGGACCUCACAAAUCUGAUGGUGCAGAACAAUCGUAUGGAAAAGCUCCCGUGGUACUUUCCUCGCCUGCGAAACCUGCGUACACUCAACAUCUCGAACAACAAGUUCCACGUGUUCCCAGACAUUGUCUGCAGGAUGACCGGGCUCAAGGAGCUGGACAUCUCAUUCAACAUGAUCUCUGAGCUUCCGGAGGAGAUCGCACAGCUUACCCAGCUCGAGCGCCUGAUCAUCGUCGGGAACCAGGUGUCAAGUUUUCCGAGAGGGUGUCGAGAGCUCGUCGGCCUGCGCGAGCUCGACUGCCGGCGGAACAACAUCAUCGACCUCACGAUCGUGCAGAUGCUGCCCAAGCUCGAGAACCUAUACGUAAAUCACAACGCCGUGCACGCGCUCGACCUCUCCUCGGGGCCAUGCGUUGCGAAGAUCGACGUCUCGCACAACGACAUCACGCAGAUCUCGCUCGUUCCGGGUCCCAUCGGCCAGGUCCCGCACAAUCUAACGUACCUUAACAUCUCGCACGCGAAGCUCUCCUCGCUUGCGGACCUCGCGCUCGCGAGCCUAUCUUCGCUUGAGUCGCUCAUCCUCGACUGCAACAACUUCCGCUUCAUCCCCGACUCGCUUGGCGAGCUCACACGCCUUAUCUCUCUCUCGUGCUCUGACAAUGCGCUUGACGCGCUCCCCACAUCCAUUGGCCGCUUGCAGAAGCUCGAGAUCCUGGACGUGCAUAACAAUAACUUGACAGAGAUUCCCGCCAGCCUCUGGAACUGCGCGUCGCUCACGCGGAUCAAUAUGACAUCCAACCUUAUCACGACGUGGCACCCGCCCUCUCCGCCCAACGCGCAGCCGCAGCCACAACUUCUCACCUGUACUACAUCUCCAGACCCUUCGUUUGGCAGUCUGACAACCCUCGCCGUGCCCGAGCGCAAAAUUUCUAUUGCAAGUUCGCUGAACACUGCCACUACCAUUAACGGCAACAACAGUGCUAGCAUUGCGUCGCCACGGCAUCUGCCCCCGCUUGUAUACUCUCUCGAGCGGCUCUACCUCGGCGAGAACCAGCUUGCUGACGAGGCGCUACCGCUCCUGACGCUCCUGCGCGAGCUGCGGGUGCUUAAUCUGUCGUUCAACGAGAUUCAGGAGCUGCCGAGCGCAUUCUUUCGCGAGCUCACGCGCCUCGAGGAGCUGUACGUCAGCGGGAACAAGCUGUCGAGCCUCCCAACGGAGGACCUGAACCGACUGAUCAAGCUGCAGGUGCUUUAUCUGAAUGGAAAUCGGCUGCAGACGCUGCCCCAGGAGCUGGGAAAGCUACCGAGCCUAGCUGUGUUGGAUGUGGGAAGCAACGUUUUGAAGUACAAUAUCAACAAUUGGGAGUUUGAUUGGAAUUGGAAUUUCAAUCAGAAUCUUCGGUACCUCAACCUGUCGGGCAACAAGCGGCUCGAGAUCAAGCCUGACCAAACGCAUAAGGGCGGAGAUAACGACAAGCCAAAGAUGAUCGAUCUGGCCGGGUUCAGUGCGCUCACGCAGCUGCGAGUCUUGGGCCUCAUGGAUGUCACGACGACAUUCGCGCCGAACAUUCCUGAUGAUAACGAGGACCGCCGCGUGCGGACAUCGCUUUCAGAAGUGAAUCGCAUGGCAUACGGUAUUGCGGACAAUUUGGGCAACAGGGACCACGUCUGCAUGUUCGACCUCGUCCAGCCGUCGUUUCGUGACCGCAAGGACGAGGCGAUCUUUGCAAUGUUCGGGCGCUCGCAGCCCAGCGCGAACAACAAUCGCAUCUCGAAGUACCUGCACGACAAUUUCGUGCCCAUAUUCUCCGCGCACCUGGCGUCCAUGAGCACGAACACGGAGCUGGGCGUGCCCGACGCGCUUCGGCGCACGUUUCUGAAGCUGAACCGCCUGACGCACGAUUAUCUGUUCUCGGGCAACAUACCGGCGCGCAAGAACUCGCAGACGAGUCAUCGGUCGGCGGCGCUGCUCAACAUCCAGGACACAUCUAAUCUUGGAGCAUCCGGCAUCGUACUGUACAUCCAGGGUAAGACGCUGUAUGCUGCAAAUGCUGGCAACGCUCUCGCCGUCGUAUCGCGUCGCGGCACAGCUCAGAUCGUGUCGAAGAAACAUGAUCCAUUCGAUCGCAACGAGAUAGCACGCAUCCGGGCGGCCGAGGGCUGGGUAUCCCCUAAAGGGCUCGUCAACGACGAGGUCGACAUCUCGCGAUCGUUCGGAUUCUAUCAUCUGUUGCCCGUCGUCAACGCGCGCCCGGACAUCUACACGUAUCAGCUUUCCGAAUUGGAUGAGUUUAUCAUCGUCGCGAACAGCGGGCUGUGGGACUACGUGUCGUACCAGACUGCGGUCGACAUCGCCCGGUCGGAGCGCGCAGAUCCGAUGAUCGCCGCGCAGAAGCUGCGGGACUUUGCGAUCAGCUACGGCGCUGAGGGCAGUACGAUGGUCAUGGUGAUCUCCACCGUCGAUAUCGACUCGGAGGCGUAUCAGGCGACGCGGCGGAAGAGAGGGAAGGACGAUAUCGCGGAUCUUACGAUUGCGCGGCUCGACGGCGAGGUGCCACCCCCGGUAGGCCACCUCGCGCUCGUGUUCACGGAUAUUCGGAACUCGACGCACUUGUGGGAGACGAACGCGGGCAUGCCGACAGCGAUGCGCUUGCACCAUAGUUUGCUGCGGCGACAGCUACGGUUCUGUGGUGGGUACGAGGUCAAGACGGAAGGCGACGCGUUCAUGGUGGCGUUCCAGACGGUGUCCGCGGCGCUGAUGUGGUGUCUGGAUGUUCAGGUGCAGCUCUUGAACGAGGCGUGGCCACAAGAGAUCUUGGACUGCGAGGAUGGGCGGCCGAUCCGCGACGAGCAGGGGAAGGUGGUCGCGCGGGGCCUCUCUGUGCGCAUGGGCGUCCACUGCGGCACCCCCGUCUGCGAACCAGACGCGAUCACGAAGCGCAUGGACUACUUUGGUCCGAUGGUCAACCGCGCCUCGCGGGUCUGCGGGAGCGCCGAGGGCGGGGAGAUCAUGCUGAGUGCCGACGUCGUGCGCGAGUUCCGUGCACAUUUCGAAGAGGGCGCACCCGAGACGGAGUACUCGUCGUCCCAGCCAGCGGACGCAAUCGACGCCAUUCGCCGGUUGGAUCCCGUUCUCAUUCCCGUUGGCGAGGUGAAGCUCAAGGGCCUCGAGGUGCCAGAGAUGCUAUCCCGCGUUUUCUCGCACGAGCUCGUCGGCCGGGUCGGCCUCGACGCCGAGCCGCCCAUCGCGCCACCCUCCGAAGUCGACUCGGGCCCCGCCACGCUGCGGUGCAGCGCAGAGCAGCUGCGCGAGCUCUCCUUGAUUUGCAUCCGCCUCGAGGCGCUCACGUCUUACCGCGUGUUCAAGCCGCUGCCGCUGCGCAAGGGCAGCCUCGCCCCUGAUGCUGGGCGCGACGAGCAAGCAGUGUCAUCGUCAUACAUGUACGGCGACCCCGCGGCGCUGCUGCCGACCAUCCCCGAGAAGCCCUCGGAGGCCGAGGUGCUCUUCAUCCUGGAUUUCCUGCUUAUUCGCCUCGAGACUGCCGCUGCUACGCUGGCUGCGCGAAUGACUCCUUCCCACGAGGAGGUACAGCUCUUACAGGCGUUGCACAGACGCAACGGUCGGCCACUGGACGCACAGACAUUGUCGCAUAUCUUGGAACUCCUGGGCUCGUGA